AGUGGCCCCGCCCCCUUUACCUGCGGCCGCGCAGAGCAUGCUGGGAUCCGCUGGCUGCCAGUGUCCGGAGCGCUCGUCCCCGUUUGGUUCCGGGUUCGGUUCUUCAGGGAUGUGGAUACUCCCAAGGCGUUAGAGCGAGUGUCCAGACCCCAGCCUGCCUGUACGACGCUGACUCCGCUCGGUCCCAGAACCAAAGCCGUGCCGGGGUGUAGCCCCUGACCCCACGCGGAGGAGACCUCGCCUUGCGGGACCCCACCUGGAACUCGACCUCCCGGCCUCGCAACGGGCCUGAGCCGCCAUGCGCGGGAAGCUGCUGCCGCUGGCCGGCCUCUACUUGGUGCAGGGCUUGCCCUACGGGCUCCAGUCCGGCCUCCUGCCCCUGCUGCUGCGCGCCCGCGGCUUCUCUCUGACGCGCGUGGGGCUGGCCAAGGCUCUGUACGCUCCGUGGCUGCUCAAGCUGGCGUGGGCCCCGCUGGUGGACGCGCGGGGCUCGACGAGGGUCUGGCUGACGUGCAGCACAGCGGGCCUGGGGCUGGUGUGUGGGCUGCUGGCCGGGCUGCCCCCGCCUGGAGCUGGCCAGGCCGGGGUGCCCGCCGCCGUGGCGGGGCUGCUGCUGCUGCUGAACCUGGGUGCCGCCGUGCAGGACGUGGCCCUGGACGCGCUGGCCGUGCAGCUGCUUGAGCCGGCAGAGCUGGGGCCGGGCAAUACCGUGCAGGUGGUCGCGUACAAGCUGGGGGCCGCGCUAGCCGGGGGAGCGCUGCUGGCACUCCUGCCCACCCUCUCGUGGACGCGGCUCUUUCUGCUCCUGGCUGCCUCCUACUGGCUGGCCGCGGCCCUGGCCUGGGCUGCACCAGCCCUGCGGCGGCUCCCACGGCCGCCCCCCUCCGAGCAGCGUCCCCACACCGUGCACUUUCUGCGGGCCGUGCUGGCCGUGCCGGGGACUCUGUGGACUGCAGGCUUUGUGCUCACCUACAAGCUGGGUGAGCAGGGUGCCAGCAGCCUGUUUCCUCUUCUCCUGCUGGACCGCGGCGUUUCUGCCCCCGAGCUGGGACUGUGGAAUGGUGUGGGUGCCAUGGUGUGCUCCAUCGCUGGCUCCUCCCUGGGUGGGACACUGCUGGCCAAGCACUGGGAGCUGCUGCCUCUGCUGAAGUUGGUAUUGCGGCUCCGCCUUGGGGGGUUAGCCUGCCAGACUGCCUUGCUCUUCCACCUGGAUGCCUUGGGUGCCAGCUUGGGCCCUGGCACAAUCUUGAGAGGUGAGGGGCUGGUCUUGGGGAGGGAGGAAGAGAGGGGCCAGGAGCCUGGGGCACUGCUGACCUCUGCUUUUCCAGGGGCAGCCUUGCUGAGCCUAUGUCUACAGCACUUUUUGGGAGGCCUGGUCACCACAGCCACCUUCACUGGGAUGAUGCGCUGCAGCCAGCUGGCCCCCAGGGCCCUGCAGGCCACACAUUACAGCCUUUUGGCCACUCUGGAGCUGCUGGGGAAGCUGCUGCUGGGUGCUCUGGCUGGAGCCCUGGCCGACGGGCUAGGGCCACAUCCCUGCUUCUCCCUCCUGCUCGUCCUCUCUGCCCUGCCCCUUGUGUACCUGGGUCUAGCACCCAGCACCUUGCUCUGAGCUGGGCAGCUGGACAGCUCAAUAAAGCCACAUGUGCUUGUGACCCA